AUGAGUUCUGGGUUUAGUUUUGGGUACGAUAAUUUGAAUGAUGAUUACAAAAUUGUGAAAAUGACUGAUUAUCUUCCGCAUAAUAGUGUAUGGUUAAGGGAAGUUAAUGUUUAUAAUUUGAGAGAUAAUUGCUGGAAGACAGUCCAUGUUGAAUCUAUGAAUCAUAUGCGUUUGCAAUCAUUUUACCGAUAUGCUCUCGUCGACAAUAUAAUUUACUACAUAUUCAAUGCGCAUCUAUUUAAUAAUCCCCUGUUACGAGGGUUUGAUCUUGCGUCCUAUAAAUGGAGCGACAUUGCCUUACCAGAUUUUGAGGGUCAUGAAAUGAAAUGUAUUGAUAUUGCUGGUUUAGGGGUAUUGGAUGAUUGUUUAUGCGUAGUGAGUUCAGUUUUGCCAGAAAAAGAGGGUGCUUAUGUAUGGGUGAUGAAAGAAUAUGGUGUGUGGAGUAAAUUUUUUGAUGUGAAUGACGCCAUUAAUGUUGGAGCUUUGAUUGGAGCUCCGAUUUCGUGUUCAAAUGGAGGAGAUGAACUGAUUUUGAAGAGACGAGAUGAAGAUGGUCUUCAUUGUUAUAAUAUUAGGAGCAAAGUGAUUAAACCUGUUACUGUGAUUUGUAACAGGUGUUAUAUUCGUGAUGUUUUUAUUUGCUUGGAAAGUCUUAUUUCUGCUGACAAUAUGAUUGGAGUUGGAAAUGAAGAUGCAGAUAAUUGUGGUUUGUAA